CGCUGUCUGGAUGUUCCCAUUCACUCUGCAGCAUGCUUUACUAAGGACUCAUACCUUUACCAGAAGAGAGAGACUGGAGCGUUGACACUGAGACCACCUGUGACCUCUCUGUCAGUGAUGUUUCACCAGGGAGUGACAAGAUCCCUUAGCCUGCCUCUUUCACAGGAGGCUUAUGUGACUUAACCUCUCCACAACAACCUGUAGGCCGGGGAAGAGAAGUGUCAGUAUAUGUGACGACCGGGUGAACCAAUGAGCACCACACCAACCCCAGGCCCAGGCAGAGAGAGCCUACCGCCCAAGAAGAGGGACCCCAGACCAGGCCUCUCAGAGCAGCUUCCUGCCGUCACAUUCAAGGUCCCCUUCCCUUACAAGAGCCAUAAUGUAGUCAAGACCUACAUUGCAUCCCACUCAGACCUGCUCCCACCUACUCAUGCAUCUGUGCCCCCGCUAUACCAGCCCUGGACCCAGUCCCCCACCACAGCUGCCACCACCAGAGCCAACCAUCUCUCCUCUCCUAUCAGGGAUAGCCAUGGCUGGGCUGAGUGGAGGAAGCACUAUUACAGAGAUUGGGCUGCAGUGCCGCCAGGCUGGCAUGUUCCCUAUAUUUUCCAUCACCGCUCCACGCAUCCCUCAGAACACCCACGCUGUCCCUCUAUCUGCAGAAAUAUGGCCCAGCCUACAGAGGAGCCCAGUGGGGUGGAAACAGGGUACAGUUGGCACUUUAAUACAAAAAUGAGGGAGAAGUUAAAUUCACACACCGAACAGCAAAACAGACAGAGGGGCCCAUAUCUGAGAAGAGAGAAACAGGGGGUACACCAGCCACAACCCAGCUCAGAGGCAGGUUCUGCCCCCCUGAACACUGAUCUAUCUCCUACUGCCUACAAGGACCUACACCACCACCCUGAACUGGUCUACACACACCAUUCCACAGCCCCCAAGUAUCCUGCUUCAGGGCAAAGUCCUUUGGAGUUUGCAGCACAAUCUCCCAUAAGACCAUCACUUACUGUUCAGUCAACAGAGAAAUACUGGACUGUGGGAGUAACAGAAAAAGUAGGAGUGUCUCCCCCUCUCUCCACCCAUCACUCUUCUUACCCCUCCACCUCUUCUGACCAGCUGCCCUGGUUGCUCCCUCACUUUGCGGCAGGCUCUCUAAUCGAGCUCAGAGACGGGCGACUGAGGAGGGUGGAGGAUUUGCAGACAGAAGACUUCCUGAUCGGCGCAGAGGCCUGUCCAGCGCUACGUCUGAGCUACUGCACUGUGCAGCACAUCUCCCCCUCCACAGCCCCAUCCCUCUCCCGCCUCCUCAUCCUCCUACACGAGGAACACACUCAGGAGUUUCUGGAUGUGUAUGUGGAGUACCCGUUCUUUGUGCGAGGGCGUGGCUGGUCCUCUUGCUGCCCCCCAAGAACAGCCCGUCUGUGUGGCCUCCGCUGCCAUCAGCUCAGUGUUGGUGAUGUCUGCCUGGCUCUUAUACCUACAUCACCCUCUGCCCCCCUACCCACCCAGCCCCAGGAGCCUGGCACCCCAGCCAGAAGGAGACAUGGAGGGCAUAAGCCUCUACAAACGUCCUGUCCACAUUCUCCCCUUCGCCCUGCUCCAGACAGGCCAAUAGAAGGGCAGGGAGGGGGGCUGGGCCCAGCACGGAAGAGGCGUUGGUCAGCCCCUGAGCUGUGUGGCCCAGGCACCAACUGCCCGUACUGAUAAUGAUAAACACCGUUCCCAUUAUGGAGAGGGAGCCAACAAAGCCAAGCCAAGCAUAACUUUCGUUUUAUUACCUUUAUCUCAACCUCACAUUCUUUCCAUCCCUUUCUUCGUGACUGUCUGUCUCUUUUCCUCGUCUGUUUUGUAUUAAGAAUAAUUAUGAUAAAGGAGGAAAGAAAUAUAAAUAAGGAUAGUAAGCAAAGGACAAUUGCAGGUAUUUGUGUAAAAGCCAUGGAUUAUCAGAGAUGUGAGAGACAGAAUAUGUCAGGCACAACAUAUUACCUUUAGCCAACUUUAGAAAUGCAAUUUUAAAUGUGUCACCCUAUUAAAACUUGAAUAAAUAAAAUAUCAAUGACAUCAUUCAGGGGGAAUAUAUUUUAUUAUUUGCUACCUCUAUAUUAUCCACUUUAAUUGACAACUGUUUUCUGUAUGUAGAACAGUGAAUGUUGUAGUAUGUCUCAGAGUGUGAAUGGCUCCCUGUGUGCUGUAUAGCCGACUGUUGUUUGCAUUACAUUAUACACUGGUGUCCUUCAUUGGCGUUUGUCUGUUCUUACCUCUUGCUACAGUAUGCCAAUAUUUUAUGUUCAGAAAUUAUAACUGCAACUGAUUUAGGAAAUGUUUGUUUUGAUUAAGAAAUGUAAACAUUUAAAGUACAUUUUCUAUGCUUUACCUCACCAGAUGAUGUUUACAAUAUUUAUCUACAUAUGCUUAUAGAACCUAUGAUAUCGUACAUAAAGCCAUCAACUUUUUCAGUUACCAUGUUUUGGCUGUCAGUGUGUGAGAAUGCUUUUCUGGCCAAAUGAUAUAAAUGUAUUGCACCUGCUAUGUCUGACAAUUCUGGUAUAUUUUGUUGCUGUAUUCUGACAUUUAGUUUUGACAGAAAAUACGGCCUCGAUUCGCCCACCUGCAGAUCUGGAAGGACAUCAAAAGGCAGCUGAAACUGAAUGAUAGCUCAGAGCUCUUUCGAUCUGUCUCUUGUGGGCAAAACCUUGGCAUCUCUGGAACCACAUGCCUCUGUUGUGUUGUGCAGAGCUUAGUGAUAUAUGUCGGUGCCCCCACCUCCAGGAAACUUAACCCAACAGGGCCUGCUUUAUCAAUCCCACACAGUCUCGUAUUUAACGUCAGCCCUGUUAUUCCUCACAGCAGCAGCCUCUGAAUCUGCAUACAGCCAGCCAGAUGUCUUCCACCUGACCUCCGCUCUGCAAACUACACCAACACCUAUGUGUUGUUCAAAGGAAAAA